CAUUAUGAUCUGAGGUCUACAGUAGAUAUAAUUCAAUUUUUAUUACUGUCCAAAUUUUACAGAGGCCUCCCUGGCAAUCUAAUCAAGGGCAAUGGCUUCAAGAUUUUGCAGGUUAUUAAGGCCUAUAGCGUCAAAUCUAGUGAAAAGUAGAGUUCUGAAGCAACCUGCUGUGCUGUCUCAGGCAUGUAGAUACCAAACAACAGAAGCUACCCAGAAAAGUCCUACAGUGAGGUAUGCCAAUCCUGUCACUACCAAGACACUCACAGAAUUUGGAAAAUAUGUGGGAGAUAUGUUACCUAAAUAUGUACAAAAGGUUGAGGUGUGUCAUGGAGAUGAGCUAGAUGUUUACAUUCACCCUGAUGGUAUUGUACCAACAAUUCUGUUUCUACGAGAUCAUCAUUAUGCCCAGUUCCUUAACCUUAGUGAUUUGACAGCUAUAGAUGUACCAGGAAGGGAAAAUAGAUUUGAGCUUAUCUACAUACUUCUGUCAUUACGAUACAACGCUAGGAUAAAAAUUAAAACAUACACAGAUGAACUGACACCAGUAGAUUCCAUUACACCUAUCUUACCAGCGGCGAAUUGGUAUGAAAGGGAGGUUUGGGACUUGUAUGGUGUAUAUUUCUCGAACCACCCAGAUCUGAGACGUAUACUCACAGACUACGGAUUUGAAGGCCAUCCAUUUAGGAAGGAUUUCCCACUCUCUGGUUAUGUCGAGGUGCGUUAUGAUGAAGAAGUAGGAAGAUGUGUAAUAGAACCACUUGAAUUAGCGCAAGAGUUCCGAAAAUUUGAAUAUAGUUCACCCUGGGAUCAGUUCCCAAAAUACAAACAGACAGAGGAAACUCAAGAACAGAAACAAGUUGAAGGUGCCGAGGAGAAGAAGAAAUAAACAAUAACUUAGAAAUAAACAAUUAUUGGAGAUUUCACUGUUAAACUUUGUUUCAAGUGCUUAUCAAAAUAAGACAAUGUGUCACAACUCACUAUUGUAGCAAAAAAAAUCUGUGAAAUAGUCAGAAGAAUGUUUUAAAGAAUUAUACUGGUGACGUUAUGCUGUCUGCAGCAUAUCAUGUUAAUGAAGACUGCAGUUAAUUGGUAUUGCAUUGUUUAAUUAAUGUAGUAUUUUAAUAGUACAUUGUUAAAAUUA